AUGCCCCGGAGCCUCAACUUCACGCAGUUGGGCAGCCUCAGAAAGUUUCCCGCUGCGCUGCAUGGGAGUGACAACCGCUGGGUCCUGAGAGGAGGUACGCUGUUGCGGUGUUGCUUCCCAAUAUGUAGUUCCCUUGUCGCGGAAGGCCAGGGAAUGACGAGAACUUGUGCACUUCUCGGAUCGAAGCUGAGGCCUUCGAUGUCGGAUGUGUGGCAAGGCUACGAAAGACGUUGUGAGGUUUUCAGUUGGAAAUACGUGCAAUGUGUAUAUAGGAUAGGAAUGUGCGCGUUGAAUGCCCGGGUUGCGGACACGCACGGUGUGUCGUUCGUUGGCUGUGUUGUCUUGGCGUUAUUCACAUGCAACAACAGCGACAAGGUUAGAAAUUUCCAGCUCUUGGUCACAUGCGCGGGGCACAUAUAUGAUCUAUGUCUUCUUAUGGUGGGCUUCAACGCUAGUCUUUUACGAAAGACCGUUGGGUGCGGCUGA